GUAAGGGGACAUCAGGGCUAGCAUGAGUCAUUUAUAGAGCCAGUCAGGGCUAGAAAAGAGAGAGAAAGAAAGAGGAGGGGAAGAGAGAUCAAACAAACACUGUGAGGAGCAGGAUGUCCCAGCAAGACAAAGCCAGGCUGUGAGCAUCAUGUAUGUGAGUUAUCUUUUGGAUAAAGAGACCAGCAUGUAUCCAGGAUCUGCAAGGUGCAACAGCAACAACCUGCCAGUGCAAAACUUUGUGUCUGCUCCACCCUAUUCAGACUACAUGGGAUAUCAUCAUGUGCCAACUCUGGACACCCAUGGACAGCCUGCGGGAACCUGGGGAUCUCACUAUGGCCCACAGCGGGAGGACUGGAACGCUUACGGCCCAGGACCGUCCAGCACGGUUGCUGCUGCACAAAUCAAUGGCUCGUCUCCUGGACAGGUCUCCUACAGUUCUGCUGAUUACAGCUCCCUCCAUCCUGCUGGAUCUGGGGGGUUACCUCCUGUAGAAACAAUUAAUACACAGCAAAUCUCUCCCAACAGCCAAAGGCACAGCUCUUAUGAAUGGAUGAGGAAAACGGUGCAAUCCACUUCUACAGGUAAAACAAGAACAAGAGAGAAGUACCGAGUGGUUUACACAGAUCAUCAGAGAUUAGAAUUAGAGAAGGAAUUUCAUUACAACAGAUACAUUACAAUCAGGAGGAAGUCUGAACUUGCUGCAAACCUAAGACUUUCCGAGAGACAGGUGAAAAUCUGGUUCCAGAAUCGCAGAGCCAAAGAAAGAAAAUUAAUGAAGAAGAAAAUGACUCAUUUUGAUGGCAGCAAUCUUGGCUCUAUGCCGAGUGACUCUGGCUCUGUGAGCCCGAUGCCAGUUCCUGACCAACAGACUCAUUCAGAAAUGUCCAGUUCUUUAUUCCCACCUCCACCUCCUCCACCUCCGCUUCCCAUGAACGGUUUGCAGCACAACGGGAACCUGCAGCAGGUAGUGGCCUCUCAGUAG